AUGCAUGUUGCGGCAAAGGCGUGGGUGAUUUGCGGCCGCUUUUCCACUCUUUUACUAGCAAAUAGCGGUUGGCUGCUGCAACCGAAGAUGGGAGGCACAUAGAGUCACGCGAAGCGAGGAAUGGUGCAGGUGGAGACAAGGAGUAACGUGGUCUGUGAGGGUUCCAGGAAGAGAAGGCGUAUUUGUUUAAAGACCUCAACACUUCCUUUCCCCUCAGACCUUCGACUUCUAACUUCUGUGUUGAACAAGUCACUAUGAUGGAAAAUCAGAGCCUCGUCGGGCUUUCGUAUACCCUUCAGACGGCAGUUGUUGCUGCUAUCAUCUUUGCCGUGAGCGUGUUCCUCUCCAAAAUCAAUUUCAGGUCGCAGUUAGCCCAGUUGCCGCCUUAUGGGAACUUUGGUGAGAAGGGGAGGGUUGAGUACCUUAAGUCGGCGAAGAAUAUGUACCUCAAUGGAUACCAACAGUUCAAAGACACAGUCUAUCGCAUGUAUACAUCUGACGGCAACGAGACGAUUGUUAUCGCUCCUAAGUUUCUGCCCGAGUUAAGAAACUUGCCAGAUAAGGUCCUUAAUUUCCCCGAGGCGGUUCGCGAGAUCAUGGAGCAGAAGUACACAAAAAUCCUUACGGAUACACCACUCGUUACCCAUACCAUUAGAGCUGACUUGACCCCGGCCCUCGCUCGACUUAACCCAAUCAUAUGCGCCGAGGUUGACGAAGCGAUCAAAGAUGAGAUGCCUCCGUGUAAUGACUGGACCCCUGUUUCAAUAUACACAGCCCUUGUCCACAUUGUAGCAAAGGUAUCUGGCCGCGUCUUCGUUGGUCCUGAUCUGUGCCACAACGAGGAGUAUCUCGACUGCGGAAUCAACUACACCAUGGAAUUAAUCUCCGCCCAACAAGCCAUCAAGAAAACGCGACCCAUUCUGCGCCCAUUCUUCGCUCCACGCCUCCCGGAAGUGAAACGUCUGCGCGAGCGAGAAAGGAUUGCAAAGGCCUUUCUCGAGCCGAUUAUAGACGCUCGACGAGUGGCUGAGAACAACGAUCCAGAUUGGCAGAGGCCUGAUGAUAUGCUCCAGUGGUUUUUAAACCGAAGCGAGGAUUUUGGAAAUUUCUCAGCCCACGAACUAGCGAAGUUCCAGCUGGGGAUUAUCUUUGCUGCUAUCCAUACGACUACUCUUACUGCUACAAACAUCUUGUACACUCUCGCCAUAUCACCAGAAUACAUCACCCCCCUCCGAGAGGAAAUCCGAACGUGCAUGGCCGAUAACGGCGGCAUCAUCACAUCCCGCGCUCUCCAACAAAUGGAAAAACUCGACAGUUUCAUGAAAGAAUGCGUCCGCUUCAACCCACCCGGCUUCACAUCCUUCUCCCGCAAAGUCCUCCAAGGCAUCACACUCUCCAAUGGCCAACACAUCCCCGCCGGCUCAACGCUCGAAGUACCCGCACACGCCAUCUACCACGACAGCCAGUUCUACCCGGACCACGAGAAGUUCGACGGGUUUAGAUUCGCUAAACUGCGGAAAGGCGGGACCGCGGCGGAUAUUGCUCGGAACCAGUUUGUGACGAGUAAUGAGCAGAGCUUGUCAUUUGGAUAUGGGAGACAUGCAUGCCCGGGACGGUUUUUUGCGACGAAUGAGAUUAAGAUGAUUUUGUCGAGGCUGGUGCUGGAGUAUGAUGUUAGGAACAUGGAUGGGGUGAUGGAGCGGUAUCCGAAUAUGGAGGUUGGGAGAUCGACCAGCCCGGAUCCUACGAAAAACCUCAUGUUUAAGAAAGUGGAGGUUUGAGGCGAUUUUGUAUCUCACGGGGUGUAUGCAAAUGCAGUCAUCUCUCUGCCGUUACUCCCGACAUUGUCUCACAGUAGCCGGGAAUUUCUAGCAAGGGGGAUCUACCGACAU